AUGGAGCAGUUUGUGAAAGAGACGAAUCAACCUCUGUUUGACCGUCUGAUGUCAAUCUAUGAAAGCAAAGACAACAUCCCUUACGCGAGCAAACGAGGAAACUUCCUCUACAACUUCUGGAGGGACGAGAAGAACGUGCGAGGAGUCUGGAGGAGGGUGAGCGUGGACGGAUACAAGGAGGAUGCCCCGGAGUGGGAGACGUUAAUCGACUUAGACCAGCUUUGCAAGGAGGAGAACAAGUCCUGGGUGUGGCGGGGGACGCAGGUUGCAGAUCUUGGGGGAGGGAGGGAGAGCGAGCGUGUGAUCGUUAAGUUGUCGCUAGGAGGAACAGACGCGGUAGAGGUGAGAGAGUUUGAUAUGAGGAGGAGGAGGUUCGUUCGCCCCGAGGAAGGAGGCUUUUUUGUGGGGAGCGGGAAGACGUACCUGUCGCAUGUUGAUGAGGACACGUUGCUCAUCGGGACUCAAGUAGGAGAACGGUCCGUCACUCGCAGCGGGUACCCUGCGCAGAUUCGGAGGUGGAGAAGGGGAGAGCGGCUGGAGGAGGCAAGGGUGGUGUUCGAGGUGGAGGACAGCAGCGUCUCGGCUUCCUCCUACGUGACCAGACACGGGGAGAGAAGGUUGGAGUGGCGGGUAUGUCAGAAGAGCUUCUUUUCCUCCGUCAGAUACGUAAGGAGGAUGCGAGGAGACAGCAAGGAGGGAGGGAAGGGGGAGGAGGAGGAGGAGGAGGGGUGGACUAUGCUGGAGGUACCAGAGACCGCUUCUGUAUCCUGCAUCGGCUCGUUCCUGCUGGUGCUGGUCAAGGACGACUGGGAGGUUGGGCGGUACAAGUUCAAGCAGGGAUCGCUGGUGGCGGUGCAGCUGGAAAGUUUCCUGCAGGAGCCGCAGCGGAGUGAAUUCACGCUGCUGUUUGAGCCGAGCGACACGACGUUCCUGCAAGGCUGGUGCAAGACCAAGGGCUUCCUCGUCCUCACCCUCCUCGAUCAAGUCAAGAGCUCCCUAAGGAUAUGGAAGAUGCAGGAGCAGGACGGAUGGGUGUGCGAGCUACAUCAGUCAUCUCCCGACAUCUCAACCAUCAACGUCAUGGCAGUGGAGGGAGAAGACGAGGAUCAGGUCUGGUUGACUCGGUCCUCCUACAUCGAGCCCACCUCGCUCUCCCUCCUGCACGUGAACGACCUGCUGUCGUCAAAAACCAGUUUCUUCGACGAGGCUUUCGUUGUCAAACGUCUUCCCCACAUGUUCCAACAUCGUGACAUGAAGGUCACCCAGCACUUUGCCACCUCCAAGGACGGAACUCGCGUACCCUUUUUCCUCAUCGCCAGAGAUCUUCCUGCGUCCUCCUCCUCCUCCUCCUCCUCCUCCUCCUCUCCUCCUCCUCCUCGUCCCACCAUCCUCUACGGCUACGGAGGCUUCCAAGUCUCUAUGCUCCCGAACUAUCAGGCAGAUGUGGGCGCGGCAUGGCUGGAGCAAGGAGGAGCGUACGUGGUUGCGAACAUCCGAGGAGGAGGAGAGUUCGGCCCUGCCUGGCAUCGAGCAGCCAUGCGGGAGAAGCGACAGCGAGCAUACGAAGAUUUCUUUGCUGUGGCAGAAGAGCUUGUGGCGAUGAACGUGACCAGGCCAGAGCUGCUUGCAUGCAAAGGUGGAUCCAACGGAGGAUUGCUGGUCGGCAACGCUCUCACGCAGCGUCCUGACCUCUUCGGAGCUGUCAUCUGCUCUGUUCCACUCCUCGACCUCCGCCGCUACCACAAGCUCCUUGCUGGCGCAUCCUGGAUGGACGAGUACGGCGACCCGGACGGAGAGGACUGGAAGUACCUCAAGGACAUCUCCCCCUACCACCAGGUCUCCAGCAGCGCCCGCUACCCUCCUGCUCUCUUCACUACCAGCACUCGAGACGACCGCGUGCAUCCGGGGCAUGCGAGGAGGAUGGUCGCCAACCUUCUUUCAGCUGGGCAUUCCCGCGUCCACUACUACGAGAACAUCGAGGGCGGCCAUGGAGGAGCGGCAGACAGCAGACAACGCGCUUUCCUCAACCUCCUCGCCUAUCAAUUUUUAUACAAGACCUUUGAAAUGCCAAACACACAAGAAUAA